CACUCGGUUGUUUACGUAACUGGCAUUUGUGUGCAUUAUUCGUUCAUACUUUACAGCCAUUUCAAUUUCAGUUUUCGUCGGUGCUGAUAUAAAAGUUUAUUCACGCAAAAAAAUGAGAACCAUCGCAUUAUUUAUCUUUUUACUGGUGACAAGUAUUACAGCUGAAAAUAAAUACAGCAAAGAAGCUAAUGACCCUCAAAGGGUCGAACAGAAGAAAGGCACGAGCAUUUGGAUGGAAGAUAGGGAAGAUGUGCCUUUCAGGAUGGCAAAGAUAAACCAGAUAUGGACUAAAGCUAAGAAGGUCCUCAGUCCUGGUAAGCUGGAGGCGCUGCGAGACGAGCUCGUACUGCAGGACAAGCAGGAGCUGACGUGGAAGAGGCUGAAGAACGAGGGUGGCGACAAAGACGGACUGAAGGAGGCACAGCUGCGCGCUAGGCUUCUUGAAACGCUCAACCGAUACGGCCUGGCUCGCUAUCACCCUUCUGGACACGCUUACGCCCGUGUCGCCGACGACACACCAACACCGACGCCGAAAGUCACCAUGCAUCGGUUAUUCAAGGACAAGAAACUCAACAGGUUGUGGGAGAAAGCGGAAAAGUCGGGCUUUUCACAGGAGGAGCUGAAGGCACUACGGCAGGAGUUUCAACACCAUCAGGAUCGAGUGGACGAGUACCACCUACUGGUUGAGGAGCACCAUCAGGCGCGCGAACAGCAGGAGGAAAUGUCCAACAACAUUCACGAAUCGGAUGUCAAACCGUCGCAAAACCUAAAGAGGAACAAGUCACACACAGACUACAAGUCACGGAUAAAUGAUCUCCAUGAAGAACUUAACCGUGGCUACGACCGGCUUCAUGUUGCAAGUAUCAGUGGGCCUGAUGGGAGGGACUUUAUAGAGCCCAAGGUGGAUGGACUUUGGCAGAUGGCCAGAAAAGGAGACUUCACAGCCGAGGAGCUCGAGUCUUUAUGG